AUGGAUCCUCACGUGCGCCCUGCUGCCCCUCGCGGUCGAGCAGGCCUGGAGCUCGUUGCUCCCGGGGCGGCAGGGCCCACGUGCGCCGACCGCAUUGAGGCGUCAGCCGGCAAUCUUGACUACUCCAACCAGGUAGGUGGUGAUGCCGAUACUUUAGCCACAGCACAUGGAGGCCAAGUUGGUGCGAGAAAAUUCGUCCAGGUCUGCUCUGAGUAG